ACUUGCAGUACGCAAACUCAAGGCCAAACAAUAUUUUCAUCAACCGCAUUUUAUCUCCGCCAAAUUUUCAUUCACUGAUAAAAGAAAAAGGUUAUGGAGUUAUUUUACUUUUUUCGGAUUUUCAUUUCCCCAGUGAUUGUGUUGUUUUCUUGUAUGGACGUCGUCACAGCCCUAAGUUUCAACGUGACCGCCCCAAGUGGAACACUACUGUACCCAGGACAAACCUUUACCGCCUCCUGUAAUAUUUGGGGAUAUCCUCCAAUAGACGUCGUUACAAAUCUGACGGUUAACUGGAAAUUCAAGGAUAGCAAUAUUUGUCUUUACGGAGAUAAAAUGGAGGACACUCCUGAAAAAUACCAAUGUUCCUCAGACACCAAAUUUGAUAAAGACAGUUUCAUUUUGUCAGUAUCAGAUGUGUCCUCUGAUGAUAGCGGUGAUUAUAUCUGUGAAGUCAAGGAAAAGAAGAAAAUGUCAACAAUGCAAUCCAUGAUAGAGUUAAAUGUUGUUGAACCAACCACAGUGUUACAAAUCACUGAAGAUAUGUCAGAUACUUCAACAUCAGAAAUUCCAGAAACCACCACCGACACUACCAUGGCUGGAAAAGGAGGAUGCCGCCCAACCCAUUUCCAAACGUUUUCAGUGUUUUUGCUCGUGCAAAUUUUAUCAUUUGGUAUCCUUCAUACGUAGAAAAAAAUCUAGGGAGUCCAUAAAAUCUUAACAACUCAUUAGUGUCAUACUAGUAAUUUAGAACCGGAAUGAAAUUUACUGUUAUGUUAAUUAUUCCUCUAUGAUAAAGUCCCAUAAAUUUGUUUUUUAUUUGAUCUUUGUGAAGGUUUCUUGUGAAUUUGUAAUGCAGAGUAAUUUAAUAAGAAUGGAGUGUGAUGGGUAAAUAAGACAACUAAUGUUCCCAUUUAUUCAAUCUAUUUGAUUCAAAGCCAUCUUGAAAACAAAACACACACACACACACACUCAGAGAGAGAGAGAGAGAGAGAGAGAGAGAGAGAGAAAGAGAGAGAUUUCCUUUGAUGUAUAUGUUUUCGGAAUAUUUCCUAAUCUCUGUUAAAUACAUAAAUACACAGAUCUGAAUUUAAAGGAAAUAUGAAUGUUAGUGUUUCUUGGUUUUGUCUAUAUUCCUUUUGAGAUAUACAUAUACUUUCAAAAUAGGAUUGUCUUUUUUCCAAUUUUUUUCAUUUUAAAUUUCUACAGCAAGACUAGUACAAAAUACGUUUAUGAAUUUAUAUACUUGUAUCCAUUGAGGACUUUAAGGUGAUUAACAUCGUUUGAUAUUAACCAGAAAAAUGUCAAUAUUGACCAAACCGAAUAUGCGUGUACAUGUUUUGUGUAAAUUUAUAAAAUAAAACAAAGUGAACUUUU